GCCCGAGAUCGUGGGCAGGGGCCGAGGGAGGUGUGUGUUGAGCGCCGGCCUGCGGGGUAGGGGUAAGGGGUGGCGUGGGCAAGAGAGGGUUAAAGGUGGGGCCAGCCCUACAAACGCGCGCACACGCUCCUUACUCAGACCUGUCACACGCGUCCCUCCGGCACUUAGCCGAGGCUGGGGGAGGGGGCUGGGGCCUGCACGGUCGGAACUCGCGCCUUCGGGCCGAGCCCCCUGGCCAAGGCGCACACACGCUCCAGCGCGCGCACACACACCUCGGACAUUCCCAUAGUGCCUCACGUGACACUCGGCCCGAACGUGCCCACCCUGCCCACACGCUCACGCACGCGUGCUCACACGCGCACACACAACCUCCGGCCGCUUCCGAACUCCGCGCUGACCCCCGUCCUCCGCCCCGCAAAGGCGCUCAUUGACGGCGGCACACCUACACUCAUUCACAGACACACACUCCCCCCACAUGCCAGCCACAGCCACACAUUCAUAAACAGGGCCGGGAGAAGUACACACGCACCCCCUCGCUGCCUACUCGUUUGGGAGCCCUGAGUCAUUCCUGCCCCCUCGCAGGGCUCCCCAUUUCCCUGAGUGCAGGCACAAUGGGACAGGCUGGAGUCUCCCUUAGUGGUCCCCGUUCCCCAUAGUCCCCCUUGCCCAGUUUGCUGCCUCUGACACUCAGCCAAGGACUUCCUGUAGGUCCCGGGUCAGGGGCCGGCUGCGCCUGGACGGUUGCCACGGCCCCGGUGCAGUUAAGGGAGGCACUUCCUUUUCCUGAACUCUGGGAUCCUGCGGGAGGAAGUUGGGCGGGGGCCACAGAGGCCAGGCUGACUGGUAGGACUGGCCCUCCAGAAGCACUGGCUUUCCCUAGGAUCGGCGACGGAGGCCUGGGAUGGGGAUCUCGGCGGCUGUCGAGGAGGCCCAGUGUGGGCUGAAGCCCUUACCAUGGAGUCCAUGUUUGAAGAUGACAUCAGCAUCCUGACCCAAGAAGCUUUGGGGCCCAGUGAGGUGUGGCUGGAUGGUCCUGGAGACUCCUCCCUCGGAGGCGACAUGUGUUCUGCCUCCCACUUUGCGCUCAUCACAGCCUAUGGAGAUAUCAAAGAGCGCCUGGGGGGUCUGGAGCGGGAGAAUGCCACCCUCCGCCGUCGCCUCAAAGUCUAUGAGAUCAAGUACCCACUGAUCACUGAUUUUGGAGAGGAGCAUGGCUUCCCCCUGUAUGAAAUCAAGGAUGGCUCCCUGCUGGAGGUAGAGAAGGUCAGUCUGCAGCAGCGGCUCAACCAGUUCCAACAUGAGUUGCAGAAGAAUAAGGAGCAGGAAGAACAGCUCGGGGAGAUGAUCCAGGCUUACGAGAAACUCUGUGUGGAGAAAAACGACUUGGAGACAGAGCUGGGGGAGAUGCGGGCCCUGGUAGAGACUCACUUGCAGCAGAUCUGUGCCUUGGAGCAACAGCUGCAGCAGCAGCAAGGCCUCCGGGAUGCAGCCUUCCCCAGCCUGAGCCCCCCACCUGCUCCUGCCACACCCUGUCCUGACCUGGACCUACACUAUCUGGCUUUGAGAGGGGGACCUGCCUUGGGUCAUGGCUGGCCUGUCCCUGCUAGCGUAAGUGUGAGCGAGCUGGAGCGAAGGCGGCUGGAAGAGGCCCUGGAGGCUGCGCAGGGGGAGGCUCGGGGGGCUCAGCUACGGGAAGAGCAACUCCAGGCGGAAUGCGAGAGACUGCAGGGAGAGCUGAAGCAGCUGCAGGAGAGCCGGGCCCAGGAUCUGGCCUCCAACCAGUCGGAAUGUGACAUGGCUUGGGUAAAGAGAGUUGGGGAUGAUCAGGUGAACUUGGCGCUGGCCUACACAGAACUCACGGAGGAGCUGGGUCGGCUUCGGGAGUUGAGUUCCCUGCAGGGGAGGAUUUUGAGGACUUUGCUGCAGGAGCAGGCCCGGAAUGCAGGCCAAAGGCACUCGCCACUAUUGCAGCGCCACUCCCCGGCCCCCGCGUGCCCCUCGCCCUCCCCACCUACCCGACCGCAGCCCUGUGCCCCGUGCCAGUCCCCCGCCGCACAGCGCCGCUCGCCAGUGCCCCCGUGCCCUUCGCCCCAGCAGCGCCGCUCGCCCGCCUCGCCCUCCUGCUCGUCGCCCGUCCCACAGCGCCGCUCGCCGGUGCCGCCAUCGUGCCAGUCACCCAGCCCUCAGCGCCGCUCGCCGGUGCCACCUAGCUGUCCGGCCCCACAGCCCCGGCCUCCGCCGCCGCCUGGGGAGAGGACGCUGGCCGAGCGCGCCUACGCCAAGCCGCCUAGCCACCACGCCAAGGCUGGCUUCCAGGGCCGCCGCAGCUACUCGGAGCUGGCAGAGGGCGCAGCCUAUGCCAGUGCCUCCCCCGUCUGGCUGCAGGCCGAGGCUGCCACGCUCCCCAAGCCCCGCGCCUAUGGCGGCGAGCUCUACGGCCCCGGUCCCGGCCGGCCACUCAGCCCUCGCCGCGCCUUCGAGGGCAUCCGCCUGCGCUUUGAGAAGCAGCCAUCAGAGGAAGAGGAGUGGGCCAUGCCGGCCAGCCCACCCAGCCCCGAAGCGGGCACCAUCCGCUGCGCCUCAUUCUGUGCGGGUUUCCCCAUCCCGGAGUCACCUGCAGCCACAGCCUAUGCCCACGCUGAGCACGCACAGUCCUGGCCAUCCAUCAAUCUACUGAUGGAGACGGUGGGCUCUGACAUCCGCAGCUGCCCCCUCUGCCAGCUGGGUUUCCCUGUCGGGUACCCGGAUGACGCCCUCAUCAAACACAUCGACUCCCACCUGGAGAACAGCAAGAUCUAGAGGGCCCCUACCCGACCGGCUGUUUCUCCGCUCUCCUAUCUCCCCCAAACACUCACUUUGAAUGCUGCAUGAAUCUCGUGGGGGGCCCUGCCCCUUGCGGUCCCCAGAUACCUCCACUAGCUACCGAGUCAAUGUGUGUGCCGUCUUCCCUGGUCCAGGCACCACUCAGCUCUGGCUCUUUCCAGGAGGUUGACCAAGGCUCUCUCCAUCUUCCUGGUUUCCUCUGGGAAUGGGGUCUGGUCUGGAAUGGGGAGGACAUACCUUCCACCUCUCUCUCUCUCUCUCUCUC